AUGUUCUCGGUGCGUAGAGUCUUCAGUGGUGUUGUCCAGCUCAGCCAGGUCAGAUCAGUGAGCAAUCUCUUUGAGGUGUUCCCCUCGACGUUCAGCAAGCCGCAGUUUGUCGUCAAUGAGAGGAAGUUGAGGAAGGAAUAUAGACAGCUUCAGCAGCAACAGCACCCAGAUUUGACGAAGAAUGAGGACGACACGCAGUCGAGCCUGCUGAACAAGGCGUAUACCACGCUCAAGUCGCCGCUGACCAGGGCACAGUACCUGUUGAAGCUUCAAGGCGUUGAUUUGAGCGAUGAGACGGAUUCGCAGAAGUACUCACAGCCGGACGUUUUGUUCCAAGUGCUGGACAUCCAUGAAGCGUUGGAGAGUGUGGAUAAAGAGGAAGAGCUCGGUGCGUUCAAGAGGGAGAACGACGAGAGGAUCCGGCAGAGCGUGGCACAGCUGGAGGAGCUGUUCGGGAGCGGAGACUACGAGCAAGCUGCGAGGGAAACCGUCAAGCUGAAGUACUGGGUCAACGUUGACAAUGCCAUCAAGAACUGGGAUGGCAGUGUUACAGUGAUGCAUUGA